AUGUUCUACAACACUGCAUUAACUUAUUUAUCUAAUCAUUUUGAUUAUGAAUAUUCGCCACUAAAAUUUUUGGAACCACUUGGCUUAAAAUCAAAUUUGUUACUUUAUCAAGAUAUUGCAAAAAUAAUUGAAGUAUUUGGACUAGUUGAUGUAAUUUCUUUAGAUGAAAUAUUUGAAGAAUUUACAAUUAUCAAGCCUGCUAUACCAACAGUUAGCUUCAAAAAUAAUUUAACUGUUUAUGAAAAAUGGUUAGAACUUUUAUCAAUUCAGAAAUUAAAAAAAUUUGAAAUAUUAUUAGAAUUUAUUCUAAGUAUUCCACCAUCUAAUUCUCAUGUAGAGAGGGUUUUUUCGAUGAUGAAACUAAAAUGGACAGAUGUUAAAAAUCGUUGUUCAGUGGACUUAAUAAAAAACGAAUUAAUGAUAACACUGAAUAUAUUGCCUUCCACAAAUAGUUCCUGUACUGAUUUCGUGAACUUAGUGAAAGAUGAUACAGCUUUUUUGAAUGCCGUGAAGAGCCAGAAAAAAUACAAUUGGAAAAAUUAA